GGCAGAAUCUGUCCCCAGUCAUUGACAGAGGUGGUCCAAUUUGUGUUUGUUCAGGCAUUGGAGUUAGCAGUUGAAUGAAGAAACAAACGACAUCUACCUAAAGACCAGGGAACCUGAUGGCUAGAGCAGCUGUGAGAAAGCUUGCCUGAAGUGGGAUCCAGCCCUAAUAGCUCAGAGAGAGAGCUGAGGCCUGCAGUGGAUGGAGGUGUCUGGGUACAGAGCAGGAGAGGGACGGAGCAGCUGGUCCGCAAGGGUCCUCGGCACUUCACCUUGCUUCCUCUUGAAUCUGCCCCACUUACCCAGAAAGGACUUGCCAACCAGAUGGAGAGAAACAGAGCCACAGCUGUAAAUCACAGAGCCUUCGGAGCUGUCCCAGUGAGGUAUCCAGGGGCCCGGGCCCCCUGCCUGCUCCAGCCUCCAGGCUUGGCUCCCGGGAGAGCUGCCCCCCACCCGUUCCCUCUCUCUAGCCCCAGAACAGAGCAAGCUGUGUGUGCUUGCUGGCACUGCUCCCUCCCGCCUCCCAGAGCAAACACAAGCCCAGAGUCCCAGGCACAGCCAGGCCCCGCAGCCCUGGCUAGAUCCAGCCGUGGGGGUGGGCAGUGCAAACCAUGGCCCCUGUUGAGGAGAGCCAGCACCUUGUGCCUCCUGACUUCAGCAGAGACCCAGAUUGGUCCCCAGAACACACUCUGCCACCCGCAAAGCUCAGAAAGCUAAUAAUGAACGCUUCCCAGCCGGGGUAGCCAGUACCUACUGGGCCUGCAGAAGUCUGCUGCGGCUUGGCAGGGCCUCCUCAUAACUGCCUGGGCCAAGGUAAGGGAGUCCUGAGCCUCAGGGAAGAACCCACUCGCCCUACCUAAGGCAGCCCGAGGUGCCUGCUCCCUGAUGACGCACUCCAAACCCGGAGCCUCCACACCAGACCUCGGAGCCCAGGGGCUGCCCGUCUCUGGCCUCAACCCUUUUGGACGGCGCCCUUCGACCGGCCCUCUUGCCGGCCCGGAGCUACACAACUCGGAGCCGGUGGAGCCCACGCGGAGCGGCCGGGCCAAGGCCUAACCAUGGAGGCUUUAGGAUUUGUUGGCCAAACUUGUUGAACUUGGUCUCGGCGGGGGUGGGGCCAGUCGAUCACCGCUGAGGGGAGGGGGCGCACCCUGCCGGGCCAGCCCGGCCGUGGACUCCGGAAGGUGACCCGGGAUAGCGGCCCAGUAAUUAGGGCUCUUUGCAGAGAGCGAAGGGUCCCCGGGCAGCGGGGCCCCCAAAGGGCGUUUGGCGGCCUUUGAAAAGCCCCAGGAGAUGGUGUGCCCCUCCACCCCCGACGUCCCCGUCUCCACUGCCAGCCUGGGAAAUUGCGGGGUGCACGGCGCAGCAGAUGAGACGCCCGCUCCACUCGGCGGCACCUAUUCCUGUCCCCGCACGGAGUUGGGUAGCCGCGGGUUCCCAGAGCGGGAGUCGGUCCCAUUGCAAACUUUAGGAGCGGGAGGAGAGGGCGGGCUCUCCCGCCGCCGCCUCCCCGUGGUUCCCGCCGGGGCAGCACUCACCGCGUCCUCCCUGGGCGUCUCGGAGGGUGGGGGUCCGGCCACGCUCCGGCCAGAGUCCUGCCGCUCUCGGGCCGGGGCCGCCGCCUCCCGGAGCGCGCCCGGCCCUCCCCCGGGAAGCCCGGCCCCCGGCCCCGCCCUCUCCUCGCCGCCGCGGCCCCAACCCCACCCGCCACAGGCUGGGGCGCAGGGGCUGCAGGCAUCGCGGCGACCGGCUGCUCCUCGAGCGCGGGCCGUGGGUAUCGACUCUAACAGGAGAAGCGCCAGGGCCCGCUCCCCAGGGUGGCGCCGCGUCGCUCUAUAGGGAGUCAGAUUUCGGCUUUGCCCUUACC